AUGAGAUCAGGGUUGAUCAUUUCACUGCUGAUGCUCAUCACCUCAACAGAUAGUCUUGAAUGCUACUACUAUCGGAUACGAGCCGACGAAAUACUAACUGCAGAUAGGAUUAUGAAACGCAACUGCUCAACAGCAUCAUUAGCAUGUUUAAAGAUAAUCUCAAGAAACGAGUUCAGCCAAGACGGCCCAUCGAACGAAGGACCAACAAGUGUGGAAGGGCGUUGUGCAUUUACCCAACAUGAAUGCGAAGGACGAAUUGGUCAGUGCGUAUCCGAGCCACCCAUGGUUCGAUUCGGGAUCACAAUCCAUGAACAUAAAUGCUGCUCCAUCGAAGAUCUCUCAAAUACAGCGUCAACAAGAAGCUUAUUCAUUUCAUUCAAAUAUUUUUCUUUGGUUUUUAUGUUAAGUGUAAUGUGUAGAAUUUGUGAUAUCUGA